AUGGUACGAGACUAUCACAACAAUAUCUUCUACUCUCCUAGCUAUGCGGAUACGAUUGUUUCCAACGGACAAAUGAGGUCGGGAACAGCAUCGUUGUGCCAGAUGUACCCAAAGACAGUGGCGCACCAAGCAUCGCCAAGAACUGCUGGACGGUCUUCCCUCAUCACCCCCCGUCAAGAUGCCACCAAAGCGGAAAGCCGGCCUGCACUCAAUUCAAUGACUGCCAAGUUGGCUGGAUCAAAUGAGGAUCUUGCACCAACGGAUGGAUGGAAUCGCAAGCCACAAAGCACUACUGCGAUCAUCAGACUCAGAAGCGAGGCUGCUGCGCCUUGCAAGGCAGCAUCGAAUGUACGCGGUGUCACGACUCUCCAAAAUGUAUACAAGACAUUGCCCUGCCAGAUUUCUUUCUGCUUAGAGUACAAGAUCAUCUGGAUAAUUACCUGGGCUCAAUCUACAGCAGUUCUGUUAACCGCCACAGCGACAGCGCAAUUGACAACAUCCUUCUGGGCCCCAUUAUUUCCUCUGGGAAGUGACAAAAUUGGUUAUUACGGCUCCGUAAUCAAUGCAAAUGCCAGUCAUACCACCUAUUUCUUAACAUUCGACAACGGCACCGACUAUACAGCAUUGGGCUAUGGUUAUUCCAACCAAACCAUGACCGUUGGGCCCAAUAUCUACGAACAGUCCACGACCGUGAACUUUGGAGUCCCAAGACCAGUCACAGGAGUCGAUAUGAACGCCUACAUUCUGCGCUGUGAGAGAGAGGACAGGACGAACGCAAACGCAAACGCAACCUGCACCGCUAGCUACGGCCCAAAUUACGUCUACGCAAUGGCCUGCGAUGUUCCACGGACGGGUACUGAGACGCAGGUCUGGAGCCGGACGAUAACCCACAGCGGCCGUCUAUCGUACUCUGCUGGUGUCGAGACGAUUUUACAGACAUAUAUCCUUUUGCCCGACACAGAGCCUGUGCCCGCAUGGUGUGAAGAGGGCCCAGGUGUGCGUACAGUAGGGUCGGCCACGACUUUCGAUGCCCUGCCAACCAGCUUUGGGACGUUCCAGGUUGUGGUCACAGCGGGUUUAGAGAAGCUGGAUGCGACGCAAGGAGCAGGUGUGACGGCGUCGAGCGCACAGCCGACAGCGACGGGCCCACCUAGUGGUGCUUCCUCUGUCGCGGGAAGCUCUGGGCUCCCAGAGGCAACUGGGGCAGCUGUAGCUUUACGCAUGCAGGGCGGCGUGGUGAUGGGAUUGGGAGUGGCGGCCGCAGCAUUGGUAGUUCAAGACAUGAUUAGGUAUUGUGGCAUACGCGCACUCAUCUCUUGA